AUGACUAAGUUCACUGUAGAAGUCGGAAAGCCAGCAAACUCUCAUGAGACUGCUCCAAGAAGAAAUCGUAAUGCUGUCAAGGCUCCAGUUAAGAGACCAUUGAACACAACUUGUAACACUGUUUAUGAGUUUGCAUUGGAAUGUUUCACUAAAAGGGGCGAUGCUCCUGCUAUGGCAUGGAGAGAUUUGAUCGACAUUCAUGUCGAAAAGAAGAUGGUUAGCAAAAAAGUUGGUGGUAAAGAAACGCAAGUAGAAAAGGAAUGGAUGUAUUACGAAAUGACCAAGUACCAUGGUAACACUUAUAACGAGUUGACCUCCAUCAUGCACAAUUUAGGCCGUGGUUUUGUUAAAAUGGGUCUACAACCAAAUGGUGUUGAUAAAUUACACAUCUAUGCCGCUACUUCUCACAAAUGGAUGAAAACUUUCCUAGCGGCACAAUCUCAAGCUAUUCCUGUAGUGACUGCGUAUGAUACUUUAGGUGAACGUGGUUUGCUACAUUCAAUGGUGCAGACAAAUACAAGUGCUGUCUUUACGGAUAACAAUCUAUUGCAUACUUUGAUCAAUCCAUUGAAAACGGCUAAGGAUAUUAAGUACAUUAUUACUUUUGAAAAAGUCGAUCCAAAGGAUAAAAGACAAAAUGGUCUUUACUACAAGGAAGCCAAGGAAAGCAUGGAUAAAAUUUUGGAAAUUAGACCUGAUGUGAAAAUCUACAGUUUUGAAGAGGUUUUAGCUAUGGGUGAAAGUGCUAAGAAUGAAAUCGAUCCUCAUCCACCAAAACCAGAAGAUUUAUCAUGUAUCAUGUAUACUUCUGGUUCUACCGGUGAUCCAAAGGGUGUUGUUCUAAAGCAUGCCAAUUUAGUUUCUGGUAUUGGUGGUCUUUCGGUGAACGUUGAUGGUUUGGUGACCGCUAAAGAUCGUAUCAUUUGCUUCUUACCAUUAGCUCACAUUUUCGAAAUGGUUUUUGAACUGUUGAAUUUCUACUGGGGUUCACUUUUGUCAUAUGCGACUGUGAAAACAUUGAGUAAUGGCUCCAUGCGUAAUUGUAAAGGUGAUUUAGCUGAAUUGAAACCAACUGUUAUGGUCGGAGUUGCUGCAGUUUGGGAAACCGUUAGAAAGGGUAUUUUGGCUCAAAUCUCUAAAUUGCCAAGUUUCAAAAGAAGAAUCUUCUGGUCAGCUUACCAUGCUAAACUCGGCAUGAAAAAAUAUCAUAUCCCUGGUGGUGAUGCCGUCGGUAACAUGGUUUUUGGACCUAUUAAGGAAGCCACUGGUGGUUGCCUAAGAUAUAUACUAAACGGUGGUUCCAGAAUUAGUAUUGAUGCUCAACAGUUCAUUAGCAAUGUGAUUUGUCCAAUGUUGAUCGGUUAUGGUUUAACCGAAACUUGUGCUAACGCAACUGUCUUGGAACCAGCUGGAUUUGAAUAUGGUUAUGCAGGUACGUUAACCGGUGCAAUCACUGGUAAAUUAGUAGACGUAGAAGAACUAGGCUAUUUCGCUAAGAACAACCAGGGUGAAUUAUGGAUUAAAGGUGACCCUGUUCUUUCCGAGUAUUACAAGAAUCCAGAAGAGACCCAUGAUGCUCUAACAAAGGAUGGUUGGUUCCAAACCGGUGAUGUUGCCGAGUGGACACCAGAUGGUCAAUUACGUAUUAUUGACAGAAAGAAGAACUUGGUCAAGACUUUGAAUGGUGAAUAUAUUGCUUUAGAGAAACUAGAAUCCAUUUACAGGUCCAACUCUUAUGUCGAUAACAUCUGUGUCUAUGCGGAUCAGAACAAGGUGAAACCGGUCGGUAUCGUGGUUCCAAAUGUGGGUCCAAUUACACAAUUGGCUCAACAACUAGGUCUUCUGAAAAAUGAAAAUCAAACUGUUGAAUCUCACUACCAAGAUAACAAAUUGCGUAACGCUGUUCUAGAGAAUUUGUUGAAGUCAGGUAAAAGCCAAGGUCUAAAAGGGAUCGAGAUGUUGCAAGGUGUUGUUCUAUUUGACGGUGAAUGGACUCCUCAAAGUGGUUACAUCACCGCUGCUGCUAAGCUAAAGAGAAAGGAAAUUUUGGCUGCCGUUCAAGACCAGGUCGACGAAGUAUACGCCUAA